CGGGGCGGGGCGCAGCGCGUGACGAGGGGCGGGGCCAGCGCGGUCCCUGAGGGGGUCUGGCCCCGCCCCCUCAGCGCCUUUGGGACCCCAUUUAAGGUCGGGGGGCUCCCCCAAAGCCCCGUGUGACCCCCCCGAACGGCCAUCGGUGCUUUCAGCGCCUCCCGGGCGGGCUCCGGGAGCCACAGGAGCACCACGGCGGCUUCAGGGGACCCCAGGAGCUCUGCAGGCACCCCAAGAGCUUUAGGGGACCCUUUAGGGUCCGUAAGGACACCCAAAAUCUCUACAGAGGCUCUGUAGGGUUCAUAGAGCCCCCCCAGACUCGCUGAAGGGGUUAUAGGUACCCUAAGAAGCCGCAGAGAACCCCAGAACUGCCCCACAGGAGCCCCCCCAAAGCCCACAGGGAAUUCCCGGGACAGCUUUAGGCUCCAGCCCAGGGGAUGGGCUCAGGCCGGGGGCGGGAUCUGCGGCACUAAAAACCCCCCAGGUCCCCUCCGUGCCCCACACACCUGAGACCCCCCGGACCCCCAUGGCACCUCCACCGCCCCCCGGCCACCUCAGCCUGGCCCGCGGGGUCCAGCCCCCCCUGUACCAGGACGCCGUUGCCCGGCGGGCUCUGCGGCCCACGCUGCUCAGGAGCGUCUCGGUGCCGGCCGAGCCCCCCGCGCCCCCCGCCAUGGAUGUCACCUACGCCGUGGUCAACAAGCCCCGCCGGGGGGGCGGGGCCGCGGGGAGAGGCCCCUCCCCCUUGGGAAGAGACCACGCCCCCUUCGGCCGAGACUCCGCCCCCUCGGGCACGUGCUCGCUGCCGGGCAGCCCCGUGCGCCGCCCCUCCCCCAGCCCGGCAGGCUCCCCCAGACCCACGGAUGGCGCCUAUGAGGUUGUGACCCCCCCCACGGACACCGGCAGCGGUCCCUGCCUGGGGUUUAACUUCCGCAUCGGGAAGCCCAAGGGCCCGCGGGACCCCCCGGCAGAGUGGUCCCGGGUGUGAGGGGGGGUCCGCAUCCCUGGGCCCCCCCAACAGAGGAGGGGCUGCAGCAGAACCCGGCUGAUCCUUACCGAGCCCAAUUUAGCCAAAAACCCAUUUAUUAUAACAAAUAAAAGCUGAUUGUGAGAGA